AUGGAGGGGGCAGCAGCUCGUCGGGGACCGCCGGCACUUCCCGAGUCCCGGCCGGCUGCUGAUGCUCUCUUUCCUCCGCAGCUCGACGAGGCGUGGGGCCGAGCUGCGCCGCCGCCUAUGAGCCCGGAGGCUCCCCGAGACGGGGAGGACUUCGCCACCCCUGCCUCCGGUCAAGGCCAGGGCCGGGCACGGAGCGGGGCCGGGACACGUCCCGGCGGCGGUCCCUCGGACUCAUGCGGAGGCUCCGGCUCGUCCUGCCGCGCGGCUCGAGGCAGGCGCAGCCCGGGGAAUGUGGCCGCGGGGAGCCGAGGCCGGCGGGGCAACAGUUUGAAGGACUUCAUUGAUGACUCAGAUGAUUUCUUCCUGGACUUCCAAGUGAGAAAGGGCACAACAGAGAGCAGUGCAGUUGGCUGUCUACUAGUAUUUGAGUCUGCAGAAAGAGUAGCAACUUGUGAUCUCUCGAAUCCAGAUUCUCACUAUAGGAAGCAUUUCAAGAAGAAUAAAGAGGAGCUGGCCCAGAAGCUCUACGAUCUGUAUAACAACACCAUCUUUGAGCAGAAGUUACCAGAGAAAAUGGCAAUAAUCUGGAAUAAGAAAAUGAGGAAAACAGCAGGUUAUUGUGUAACUGGUCAGACCAAAAGUCCUGAAGCAAAGCGUUAUGCUCGCAUAGAACUCUCUGAAAGAGUCUGUGACUCUGCAGAUCGGCUUCGAGACACUCUGGUUCAUGAGGCUUGCCACGCAGCCAGCUGGCUGAUCAACGGUGUUCGUGAUGGCCACGGACCCUUCUGGAAAUUCUAUGCCCAUAAAUCAACUGUGAUUCAUCCUGAACUGCCAGCAGUAACACGAUGCCACAGCUAUGAGAUUAAUUACAAAUUCACCUAUCAAUGUGUUCUCUGCAAAGCUAUGACCGGACGUCAUUCCAAGUCUCUGGACACAGAGUGCUUCAUGUGUGCCUUCUGUGGGGGGCAGCUGCUCCUGAGUCAGCCCCCUCGGAAGGGUGACACUCCUGCUAGGACACCUCUGACACCCUUUGCCAAGUAUGUGAAAGAGAACUAUGGAUUGGCUAAAAGAGAGCAGCGUGGGCUGAGUCAUGGAGAGGUCAUGCGAAAGCUCAGUGCUGAUUUUGCUUUAAAAACGAAGCUUCAGGAUUCCCUCUGA